UAGAAAUGGGGGAGUAAAUCGAUAAAAUUCCCCGAAUGAGGCUGUCUAGUUAUUCUCUGUGGGGUUCGACACCCACACGGUGUUCAGUGUGUCUGAUUCAUAAAACCCUGUCAGCUGCUAGCCCCCCGCAACCACCGCCUCGGCGCAGCAGCCGCCGCCGCCGCAGUUUCAGCACCGCGGACAGCGGGGCUCCCGAUAGGCCCCGGCAGCCAGCGGCGGGCCAAUGGCUGCAGCGGCGCGCGUGAACACUGAACACCAGCAGCAGCAUCAGCAGCAGCAUCCCGGCAGCAGCCAAUCAGAGGCCGCCGCUUCCUCUCUCACAUCCAACCCGAAUAACUGCAGAUGUCCGCAUCCAAGCAACGAUUCUCUCUCUCUCUCUCUGGCAGCUUUACAGAGAGAAUAUCUCCCAUCUAUUUUUGGAUUUCAUCUAUUCCCCCUCACACACACACACACACACACACUCUCUCCUCUUCUUCCCCGUUUUCAGCUUUUGUGUCAGUUUAGGGAUCAGAACCUGUUGUGUCUCCGUUCUGUCUGAAGGUCCGUCCGAGCUGUGAGCAACAGCCUCGACCGACCAACGUAAUCUCUUCUUAAUGGAAGACAUCUUCUCUCGCGCUCCGAGGCGCAUUUUCGCAUCUAUCCCGGGCCCCUGUUCCCAUCGACGAAAGAGGGGCCCCCAGUGAGCCAGGCAAAGGGGGGACCGACCAGAGAGACCACCGGCUGGGGGAGAGAGAGAAGCGCGUCAGGCUCUGUUUAUGUAGGCUAUCAUCCGGGACGGAAGCCGUUUUGAGCCGCUGCUGGUGGAUGCCGAUGGUGUCCACAUUUUGUUUUUCCCUUCUUCUUCUUUCAAUCUGAGAGCGCCGAUCCGUCGAGAAGGAACACAUGGAUCCCAGAAGGAGAGAGGAUUAAUUAGAAGGUUGUAACUCCUCCUCAAGUAAGUCACUCUGGCCCCUUCAGAGCUCUUUGUCCUCACCAGUCAAAGAGCUUCUCCCCGUUGAGCUCGGUCCGUCUACAGAGUCUGAUCAGUCACCAUGGGAACGGUGCUGUCGCUCUCUCCGAGCUACCGCAAAGCCGCUCUCUAUGAGGAUGGCCCGGCCACAGUGGGCCACUACACAGCUGUUCAGAACAGCAAGAACGCCAAGGAAGCUGCGGCAGCGGCUAAGUCCCUCAAGCGCCCCUCCAUUAUUAGUGCUUUGCCAUGGAAACGGAUCGUUGCUGUAUCAGCAAAGAGGAAGGGUUCCAAGAAGCUGCAAUCAGAAGUCGGGGACGGCGGGAAAGGGAGCUCCCCGGACGGCCACGCAGCCACCACGACCAACUCAGCCUCCAACAGCCUAAAGCUAAUAAAGUCUCAGUCCUGCGCUAACCUCACGUCAUACUCAUCCGGUCAGGACCCCUCGGCUGCCACCACCACUACCUCCUCCCACCUGCCCACCUCCAAAACCGUUGCAAACGUAGCUGCUGUAGUCGCCAAAAAGAAUUCCCUCACAGGACCUGGAAUCCCGCCUUCCACCGCCGCUGGAACGCCAAAACGGAUCAUUGUUCAGGCUUCCACCAGCGAGCUGAUGCGUAGCCUGGGAGAGUUCCUCUGCCGCCGUUGUUACAGACUGAAGCGCUUGUCCCCCACAGACCCGGUGCUGUGGCUGCGCAGCGUGGACCGCUCACUGCUCCUGCAGGGCUGGCAGGAUCAGGGCUUCAUCACUCCAGCCAACGUGGUUUUCCUCUACAUGCUGUGCCGCGACGUGGUCUCGUCCGAGGUGGCCUCGGAGCGGGAGCUCCAGGCCUCGCUCCUCACCUGCCUCUACCUUUCCUACUCCUACAUGGGCAAUGAGAUCUCGUAUCCGCUGAAGCCCUUCCUGGUUGAAGCAGAGAAGGAAGCCUUCUGGGAUCGCUGCCUGGAGAUCAUCAACCGGAUGAGCGGCAAGAUGCUUCAGAUCAACACCGACCCACACUUCUUCACCCAGGUGUUUGCCGACCUGAAGAAUGAGAGCAAGAAAGAGGAAGAGAAGACUAAGCUUCUCAUAGGCCUUGACCGAUAGAAGGGAUCUGGAAGGGGAGUAAGGAAAGGUGGAAGGAUAGAGAGGAUAGAGAGGUUGCAGUCAGGGAAGGCAAAUGGGAAACAGAGAUGUCUUAACUUAGAGAGAUACAUUCGUCUGGCGUCUCUGUUAGUCCACGAUUUACCAAAUUUCUUGUUUAUAUCCCCAAGGACAAAACAUUUCAAUUCGUAAAUAGAAAUGAAAUCACCAGAUUCAGCUAAUGAAUCACUUAUACACAAACAGAUGGCCUGUGGGACAGAAUUACCAUGUCAAAGUCAAAACAGUGUGAGACCCUGAGGUGGUUCCUACACCUUCAUACCAAACAGUCCACUGGACCUGAUCAAAAUAUGACCUGAGCCUGAAUAAUUAAAGUAACUUGGCUUGAAAAAAGAAAUCUUAAGACAUUUUCUCUAACUACA